AUUGAUAAAAGUGGUCAGUAUAAAUACCAGUGGUUUGCACAAUUUAAAAUUAAUUGGAUUCGACGACAUCAUAAUUCUCACAGCUCAAUCAAUUUCAACGUUUCAACCAUGAAGUUACUGGUCCUCCUUGUCCUCUGCGGGUCCGCAUUGGCUGUUCCAGCCCCGAAACAAGACCGUUGCACGAACGCCGUCUUCCUCGGAGACUCCAUCACCGACGCGUUCGACAACGGAAACGGGGCCCCCGUCUGGCAACAAUUUUACGCUCCGCUGGGCGCCGUCAACACGGGCGUUUCGGGCGACAGGACGACCACGAUUAUUGACCGGAUUAACAAUCAGGGCAUCAUCGAUGGGCUCGGGGCUCACGUCGCCGUCCUCAAAAUCGGGACGAACGAUCUCUCCGGUGGCGUUCCAGAGACCACGGUGGCCCAAAAUAUUGGCCAGAUCCUCAACCUGAUUAAGGACAAGAAUCGUGGCGUCAAAAUCCUCCUGCUCGGAAUCCUGCCGAGAAACGGGGUCGACAUUCACAACAGGAUUAGAAACGUGAACGCUAUCAUUCGAGGUUAUGCGGAUAAUUUGAGCGUUUUCUUUCUCGAUAUGGAAACCCAGUUUCAAGGCGAUGCGAUCGGAACGGUGCCCACGGAUUUGUUUUAUGAUGGGUUACAUCUUACGCUGAGGGGUUAUGAGGUCUGGGCGGAGACGAUGAAUAACCAGUUUUUCAAUUUGGUCAAUAACCCACUUUGUCCAUAGAAAAUUAUACAUACAAAAAAUUUCGAAAUUCGUACAUAUUCUUGAUUUCUGAAUAUUUAUAUGUACAAUUUUAUUUGUACUGGGGAUUGUAUAAAGCAAUCUAAUCCAUGCUAAAACGAAAUGAGAUUAAAGAAACCUAAAUUAAGAGCCAGUUA